UUAAAUCAACGAACUCCUACGAUAGCGGGCCAGGCAAUACAAAAGAUUUAUCUUCGGUGGUCAAGGUCAAGUUAGUGAAGAUAAAUUGAUAUUAUUAUUGAAACACACGAUCCAAUUUUGCAAUUUAAAGAACUUCCGUCGAUUUAAAUCAGUUCAUUCGGGUCCUACGACGUUCCUGGGGGAAGUAUUGUAAAACGCCCGCGACCAUGCGGUUAUAGUAAAAAUGAAUCGAUCCAUGGUGUUUGUUCGAGUGGCCUUUUUCUGUCUGUUCUUGCUUUUGGAUACCGUUCCGCAAACGAAAGGUGACUUGGAGGAUGAGGACGAGAGGAAUUCGACGUUUCGACAGGACUGGGGCCACAUUAACAUCAGAGAAGGAGCGUACAUGUUCUGGUGGCUGUACUACACGACCGCCGACGUUGAAGUGUACACGAAACGGCCCCUAAUCAUAUGGCUGCAAGGUGGUCCGGGCAUGCCGUCCAGUGGAUACGGUAAUUUUGUCGAAAUCGGUCCCUUGGACAUAAACUAUCAGAGGAAGAAUUACACCUUGGCCGAAGACUUCAACGUCCUCUUCAUUGACAAUCCGGUGGGCGUCGGUUACAGCUAUGUGGAGGACAACUCGACACAACUGCCGAAGAACAACAAGGAAAUCGCCGAUGAUCUCAUGAGGUUUUUCGAAAUGUUCAUCAAAAAGAGGCCCGAAUUUUCCAAUACUUCGUUAUAUAUUUUUGGUGAAUCGUACGGUGGCAAAAUGGCAGUCGAAUUCGCCUAUCAGAUUAUGAAGGACCAGAAGCAAAAGAAAAAGAACAAAUGGAAUCUACGUGGUAUUGGUUUGGGGAACUCGUAUAUAUCGCCGAUAAAUUAUAUCAGAAGUUAUGCCCCAUUAGCACUGCAUCUGGGCCUGGUCGACAAGCAGGGCUUCACACAGAUCGACGAAUGGGCCGCGCACAUCGAACAGCUGGUGACGACGAAACAAUUCAUCGAGGCGGCCCACGCCGAGCACAGGAUGGCGAAUCUCCUGGUGUUCGAGAUGCCCGGCAUUGAUAUUUACAACAUGGUGUCCAGAAUGAACAGCUCGUUUUUGCCCAGCUACUUAAGUUAUCUGCCGAGGUUCACGGAAAUGAUGAACACGGAAGUCAAAGGUAAUCUGUCGAUCGGCGAGAACAUCGAGUGGUCCUUCCUCAACAAUCAGGUGUACGAAACGUUGCACGGCGACCUAAUGAAGCCGGUCACUAAAAAAAUUGAGGUUCUGUUGAACAACACAGACAUUAAAAUCAUUGUUUAUAACGGGGUGUUGGACUUUUUGGUCAACACGGCAGGUACGAGGUUGUGGAUGAACAACUUGAAGUGGAAGUUCAAGGACGAGUGGAGGGAAGUGAGGCAAAGUCCUUUCGAAGUGGAGCAAGACAUUGUUGAAGGUUAUUAUAAAAAAUACGGGAAUUUAAUCCUGUACGUUGUUUUCAGAGCCGGACACAGUGUUCCAGUGGAUAAUAUGCCAGCGUUUCGGCAAAUAUUGAAACAGGAAUUAUUAUGUGGAGAACAAUAAUUCCGAUAUAUUGUAUAUAAAUAGUUUUAAUAUGUAAAUAAAUUUAAAUUUAAGUCAAAUAUAAAUUUCAUUUCGAA